UAAGGUUUAGUUGUGAUUCAUCAGACAUCUUGCUUGAGAGACUGUAAAUUAAGGGGAAUCUUGUCUUUAGAAGCAUCGAUCGGUCCCACUAAUUAAUUUUUUCCGUUAUGUCGUUGGUGACAGUAGGAAAGACCAAUUUGAUGUGAAAUCUUUGAAGCUGACACGCGAAGAAGGACAAUAUUUCUUGUGAGAUGGUUCAGAAAUAACUUUCAAUUCGUUCAACUACUUCACUGUUACUUCCGGCCAAUCGUACAUGUGUAUGCCCCACGAAGCUAUUGACAUGGACGAAAUUAAUACUGACCGCUCCUCACAGGAAGCUGUGCCGAGAAAACUAAAACAAGGCAGACCAACAGAUGAUCAAUUAGAAGAAUUGGGAGGUAAAAUUGCAGAAAAAUGGGAAAAGCUUGGGCGUCGUCUUGAGAUCAGUGAUGCAAAACUUGAAGAAAUAAAUAAAGCUCGUGACCAACUGUCUGAAAAGGGAUACCACAUGUUAAAGCAUUGGAAACAAGACAAAGGUCCUUCUGCAACCUAUGAGGCUUUGUGUAAUGCAUUAGAACAUGAGCUUGUACAGCGCCGAGACUUGGCAGAGCAGUUUUGCUACAUUGAUGGUAAUUAUUUUCUACAGUAUCAAUGAAGUUGCAGUUGUCUAAUGGUUUUGUGUAAUGGAUUCUAGAUGAAGCAAUCUGGGAACCUUGGCUGGGGUCUGUGUUGUGUUCUCAGCAACAAAAAAUACUCUUGCAAUACAUCUCCUCAGUCAGGUGUAUAAAUAAGGCAAUGCAGGACCCCAAUAAUAAACAACCAUUUUCUCUGUCACUUGAAGUUUCUUUUAACUAUUUCCAGUGACAAUUUAGGGAAUAUAUCAUUUCAUGAACACUCACCGGUUCAUGUCCAUAAGUCACUCAAUUUAUGAAGUAGCCAAGGCACCAUAAUAUAGCUGCCAACUUUUUCAGAGUCAGAGGCAUGAGAUUUCUAUGAUCCUGUAACAGCCCAACUUGACUUGAACAUAUCUGAAGAUGUGGAAAGAUUUUGAAGACUUUUUCA